AUGCACAACCCCUCUCAUGAAGAUUGGCAAACCCUCAAACAUCUUCUUCACUAUCUAAAGGGCUCAAUUACUUUGGGCCUUCAUCUCUCUCAUGAUUCCCCUUUUCAGCUCACAGCCUACAGCGAUGCAGAUUGGGCCUCUUCUAAGGAUGAUCGCCGACCCACUGGUAGUUAUCUUGUUUAUCUUGGAAGAAACUUGAUUUCUUAGUCGUCAAAAAAAUAUUCCACCGUCUCAAGAUCAAGUACAGAGGCUAAGUAUAAAGCUCUAGCAAACACGGCUGCUGAGUUUACCUGGCUAAAUUUCCUUCUUAAUAAAAUUCAAAUCAAGCCACAAGGCGCUCCAAUUCUCUAUUGCGACAAUCUAGGAGCUACAUAUCUAUCUACUAAUCCUGUCUUCCGCACUAGAACAAAACACAUUGAGAUUGACUUUCACUUUGUCCGUGAAAGGGUCACCGCCAAACAACUAUAA